UUAUGCGGCUUUUGUCAGCAACAUGACUCUGACGCCACUGCCAUCGGAGUGGCUGGUACGUGUGUCCCGCUCCAAGAGCAAAGUUUACUACUACCACACGCUCACCAAGAAGACGCAGUGGUCUCGCCCCACGCCUGAAGAAGUUGCAGCCGCCAACGCUGCAUCAGCUGCAAUAGAACCAGAAGAGGAGAGUGGUGCUGAUCGACUCCGCAAGCGUCAGAAACUCGAUCAACCUGAUGAAACUACACUUGUAGAGCACAAGAACAGCGUCCUUCAUACUCUUAUCACUACUUCCAUGCGCGUCGGAGGUAGCUCCUUAACCCGCGGGACGAAGAGAGUUGUGGUGUUUACUCCAUGGCCACACCAAUUGACAGCAGUGGAGAAUAUCAUUACAGCCAUUCAGUCGAGGACAAUCGAAGACGACGAAGUGUCCACAGGGACAGAGGCAUUCUUAUUACAACACAGCACCGGUGCAGGCAAGACGCUGACCAUUGCAGCGCUCUCUCAUCAGCUGCUGUCCGCGAAGGACCCUUUGUCCUUGAGGUUCCACACUAUCGUAGUCAUGCUGGACCGAGUCAAGCUGAACGAGCAGGUGGGAGACGCAGUGGAGACGUAUCUUCAUCGCAAUGGAGUGGACGAGGUCUUUCGAGCCGAGAGUAUCGAGCAUCUGGCUAAAUUGCUGGACGCACAGCAGCAAGAGAGUCCUCAGAGAGUGAUCAUCACUACAACUCACAAGAUGGGGCUGCUGGUAAAAGAUGACGUGUUGCUAACGAGGCUACUCCAUCGUAGUUCGAGUGUAAAAGCAGGUACUAAAGAGGAUGAAGCUGAGAAUGAUCCGUUCCAGCGCGUGGCGAUCAUCACAGAUGAAGCGCAUCGAUCACAUACGUCAUCCACACGGGACGCUAUUGAGAAGGUCAUGAAGGCGGGAGAAGGCAGUCAUGCUCGACUCACGUUCGUCGGAUUUACAGCGACACCGAACAGCGAUGCUCUCGAACUGUUUGGUACUCAGACAGAUGAUGGCUUUAGGCAUCCAUUUCAUUGCUACCCGAUUGCUCAGGCCACAGAUGACGGUCGGAUUAUGAACAUCCUUGACGACUACACCUGUGUGCGUUGUGAGGUGGAGACUUCAGUGUUCCCCAAACCAGUACAAGAACUGUUGCAAACGCAUCAUGGGGCUCGACGUCGUAUUCUUGACUAUGCAAGUGACGAUGUUGCCGUGUUAAAAGCCAAGGCGUUGAUAAUGAUGACAGAUUUCCGAUCUAUGAAACGAAAACACCCGAAGGUGAAAUGUAUGAUUGUGGUGCGUAAUCGUCAAGAUGUCGUGCGAUACUACAAGCUGAUCACUACGUUCGUCGCGAAGAAAAAGAUUGGAUGGAAUUGUUAUGCUGCUUUCAGUGGCUCUGUGGCUUUGGAUGAAGCUGGAAGCAGCGCAAAGUCCGUAACAGAGCUGACACUGAACAACCGGAGCGUCACACUCGCCAUCAGUGACGUCGUUAUUGUCUGUGAAAAACUCGAUACGGGCUACAAUGAGCCCUUACUCGCGUGUAUGUACGUUGAUCGCUACUUACGCUCCAGUGCACACACGGUGCAGGUCCUGAGUCGUCUCAAUCGUCGUCACAAGGACAAGCCCAGUGUCCGCGUGUUGGAUUUCGCCAAUCAUGCAGCACAGAUCCGAAGAAGCUUCUCCGAUUUCUGGAGAGAAGCCAGAGUCCCGAAUUUGACGAAUUCGGUUGAUGAGAUUGCAGAGAAGAAAGAUCUAGUGACAGCUAUCGCCGUUCUCUGUGAUUAUUUCCCAGAGCUGUGCACGUCUCCUAUUGAGAUCGAGGACCCCCGCUCGUUUGUGGAAGAGAAUAUGCUCCCACUAGAGCGCGAUGCGUUUCAGCAAGUGGUGGAUGCAUUACGCGGCGCUAUCGCUGCCUUCAAAAAGCUCGAACAAGUUGGAUGUGACGGUUUCUUCGAAUCCAUAUCCCCAUUCAGCUACUAUUUACUCUAUGAGCUUAAGAAGGAGACCGAAAAUCAUCUUGUCACGGUGGACGCAGACGUAGAGCUGUCCCUGGGUGAAAUCAAGACCAAAAUGUCGGCUCGAGUCCAAAAUUACCGCAUGUAUUUCUCUGGUGCACUAUAUCCCCAGUCGCUUCUGGUACGCUGCGAUCUUUUGUUGAAACAUCACAGACGUAUCGUUUUUUUUUUCUCACAUGUCAAAACUUUUAACCAUUCUCGUUUUCAUUGCAGGACCGUGUGGAGAGUGGAACGAAAUUCUUGAAAAUGGAAUCGUGUUUGCUGGGAUUUGGAGAGCUAGAGCAGUUUGAGGCUUUUCUCCUUGCCAGCUCAGCUCGGAACAACAAGCAGUUCGUCGAUUCUUCAAUUAUGAAGCAGAUUAUUAAGGCAUCAACGAGGUUUACAGCCUCCUCUUCUAAAGGAUCAACGGAAGAAGAACCUCGGAAUUUAACACAAAUCGUCGCCUUACGAGACGAACUCACAGCUUAUCUGCGGGAUACAUGUAACUGAAAAUAAUUAGAAAACGCGUCGUUGAUCAGUCU